GGUGGCGGUAAUGCGCCGUAAACACUGAAUGUCGACAACACCAACGAAGAAGAGCACCCCCCAGGUUCAGACAGGACUAGAGGAGUUACAACAAGUAGAAGCUGUGUAUUUAUGUCACUGGGAGGUAAACAAGGAUCCAGCUGUGUGUGUCUGCAGAUUAGCAACAUCAGACUUUACAAUAACAUUGAAAGAUGUCAGGAACACACUAGAAAACUACUAGGGAGGACUGUAGCCAGUACCCCCCUGACAACAGGGCAGUCCGGAUCUUUCUAUUGUUUUUCCACUGGAGACAAAUGGUUUUGAGUCAUGGAUCAGGGUGUUGUGGACGGUCCUGUUACCCUUGUCAUCAGGGCGCCCAACCAGAAGUACGAUGACCAGACCAUCAACUGCUCCCAGACCUGGACUGUGGAGAAGCUCAAAGCGCACAUCUCAGAUGUAUACCCCAGCAAACCAAGCUCCAAAGACCAGAGGCUGGUGUAUUCUGGGAAGCUGCUUUUGGAUCACUUUACCUUAAAAGAUGUGCUCAGAAAGCAGGACGAGUACCAUAUGCUCCAUCUGGUGUGCGCCUCACGAACCCCUCCCAGCUCCCCGAAGCCCCCCCGCAGCCGCAGUAACAAGCCUCAGGAGAACUCGGCCGGUCCCACGCCCGUUCAAAACUCUACUGGUCCUUCCACUGGUCAACACAGCCAGUCACCUACAGGAGAGAGUGGUGAUGGAGUCAGACAGCAAACUGGACCCUUCCCUUAUCACCAGAUGUAUCCACAAUUUAUGCACAGCUGGAAUCAGUUCUACCCACAGUCACCUGCUCCCACAAACAUGCCUGCUUAUUACAACCCCAUGACACUAAUGUGGUGGCAGCAGUUGUACGCCCGGCAGUACUACAUGCAUUAUCAGUUACUGGCUGCCUCCUCUCAACACCUCAGGCCGGACCAGCCCCCGCCUCACUCUAACCAGCCCGACCCUCUGAGCCAGCGACCUCAGGCGGAUCGCCGCGGCAACCCGGAGGUCCAGAUGAACGCCCAGGGAGGGGAGAUCAUGAACGAGGAGGAGCUGAACCGGGAUUGGCUGGACUGGGUGUACACGUUUUCACGUGCUGCGAUCCUGCUCAGUAUAGUGUACUUCUACUCCUCUUUCAGCCGGUUUGUCAUGGUGAUGAUGGCCAUGCUGGUGCUCUACCUGCAUCAGGCCGGCUGGUUUCCCUUCAACCUGGAGAAUGAACUCCAGCUUCCUGGAGACCGAGCCAAUCAGGACGACAUGGAGGGAGAGCUACAAAACCACGACCUACAGGAUGUGGAACCGAUGGACGAAGGCUCGGACGACGACGGGGAAAGCGGAGAGGAAGGAGUAGAAGAUCCAAACAGCGCGCCCCACGCGGGCUUCCUGUCCUCCACGUGGUCGUUCAUCAUAACCUUCUUCAUGUCACUCAUCCCAGAGGGACCGCCAAACGCUGCUAACUGAACCACGAGCCGCCACAGAUCUCCACAAGGGCACAUUGUUUCUUUGAGAGGAGGACGAGCGUCCUGCCUGCUUAUAUUAGGGAAACUGUUUCUGUUGCAGUACCGUGUUCUAGUUUCCCAAUAGUGUACUUUACUACAUAUCUAAGACUUUGAGCCAAAACACAAAUGACUGAUUUAGCCUGUAAAGAGAAGAAUGCUCACUUCGUAAGGAGUUUGUCUGCACAGUAAGACAAACAUUUUGAACAUUAGUUUAACUGCUAUAUGCAAGGAUUGCUAGUGAUGCCUUGUAAAAAAAAAAAUAGGCACUUAAAUAAUACGUGUCUGCCAAUGCAUUUCUUCUGCAAUUUAGAAAAUAGGAACAGCAGGCACAUUUAUAAAGAGAAAAUAAUAACAGCAUUCUUGUGUUUAACCACCUGAAUGUCUGUUUUUUUUUCCUUUGUGAGAAGCUGCAAUAUUUGUUGAAAUAGUUUUAUUUGAAUUGUAAUGAUUAUUUUAUGUAAUUGGUGGUUGUAUCUAAGUAAGAUAUUUUAUUUCAAAAAGGGCCACAUUAGUCCAAAAAGCUAAACUUCAGAGAGAAAUCCUGAGUCAUGUAGCGCCUGUGAUAAUUUACACGAGUGAUUUUUUGGCCUGAAGGUUCAUAAAAUGUGUGUUGAACACAUUGUGUACUGUGUUGAAGUGUAUCUCAGAGUGACGUUGGCUACAGAAGUGUGAUUUUUUUUACUGAAGUGAAACGAUGUAAUUGUCUGACAGCCUGAAAGAGCAAAGUGAGGUAGAAGAAAUGAGUGAUGGAAUACGAAACGGGGCGGUCGUUGACGUUGGAUUUAAGUCACGUGGCAUCGAGCGAACAAGAGACACUGUUAAAUAAAUAAAGCACUGCCACGACAAAAGAGUUCAUGUAGGACGUAACUUACACCUCUUGAGUGUGUGGAAAUGGCUGCUGCUGUUACCUUUUAACAUGUUGUGUACCAAUAAUAAUAAUCAUGUUUAUUAAACCUUCAUUCAUGGGAA